GAGUAGCCGGAUCUUACAAAAACGCACAAAACAUCAUAGACUUCCCAGAUUUCUCCCGUUAUUCCACUUUUUGUAACCAAGCUUUAUCACAAGUCUUUUUGCGUAUCGGCUCAAGAAACUAGCCUUACAAUUUGCCUUCCACCAGGCAAUUUUUUCUUGUGCUUCCGAAAGGAACGUUAUCGAUCUUGGUCUCCGCUGGAACAACAAAGGCUACUUCCGAACCAGAAAUUCAGGCCGUUCUCACCUGAUCUCGUAUCCGAUCAAUUUCGCUGACUGUAAUCAAUAUCACAGUUUGGAUCGGGUAUUUCGCGUCGUUUCUUGCCAACAACGAGUACUUCGCCAUGGAGCGGGUUCGAAUUAACAUCACGCGGUGUUUUGCUCGGGCAUUGCUCUUGGGUCUUGCGGGGCAUGAUUGUGUAGGAUCGGUCCGAGCUACUCCGACCGCUGCUAGUUCGGGGAGGAGGAAAUUAGCCAAUAGUCCGGAACUACUAGGAGCGAUUGCCUCACUCUGGGAACAGUCCGAAACAAAUCGAAAAGAACGCAUCCUCCGAGCAGACAGAACCUUGCAGGAAUCGCCAGCUUGUGGAGAUAUUCUCGCGACCUUAACCAAGGAUGACGUGGUCACCGUGGCUCGUAACGCCUUGGCAGGCCGAGCAGAUAGUAAUACUUUGGCAGCCAUUGAUUUCCUAUUGGUGCCUUCGAUUACCUAUGGUGUUCAGGUACGCAAAGUGUGCAGUUCCUGCGCCGAUCACGAGGAAGGAUGUGGCCAAUCGUCAACUUCGUAUGGAUGGAAUCAGACCCAUUCAGGUUUAUUGUUUCUACCUCUAGAAACGGUUUCGACUAUCGAAAGUGUUGUGCUUAAACAAGGUAUGAGUCUUUGGCACAUCUUGUGUCACGGGACGCGUGCCAGUACGUUGGAAGUACCUAGCAACGAGUGGGUCGAUGUCUCGGCAGAUGCAAGUGGUGCUACUCCAGAUGCCGAAAUUGCCGUCAGCUUAAUAUUCACAGCGACGGCUGGCACAGUGGGAGUAAUGCCCGACUACAUGGGCUAUGCUGAAAGCCGUUUGCGAAACGAAACAGGCGAACCGGAAGGACUUUUUCGUGCUUAUUUAGUACGCCAAGCCUACGCGACGGCAACACUCCCCCUCGUGUAUGAAUCGCGUUUGGUAGUGAAGAAUUUUUCGGAUUGUCAGUCAGCAGUCUCAGACAAGGCAUUGCUGGUAGGAUACAGCGAAGGGGGGUUCGCGGCUGCUUCUUUGGCAAACGACAUGUUUGGUUUGGGAUUUGACAUAGUCAGCCUCCAGGCAGGUGGCGCACCGUUUAGGCUCUCGUCCGAGCAGGUCCUUACGAGCUUCGAACAAGUGCGAAACGGUUCUUUCCAACUUUCGCAACGCUAUUACAUUUCUCUUCUUGGCAGCGCUUUCUCCUCAACUUACAGGGAUCUUCCCAACUUUGGAACAUCCCAAAAUAUGUUGGAUCCCACCGUUCGAGAACAAGUCGUUGCCUUAGUUCACAGCGGCGCUGAACGAUCCGAACUUAACUCUUUAAAUUCACCUGAAGAUCCGCUGUCAAUUCUAUCUCCUGCGUUGACAGCUGCCAUGGAACAAGCGCUAGAUAACGGGGAAAGCGAUCCAUGCAAGACCAGUGCCGUCGUCGGCGAAUCUGACCUGCUCUGCCGAAGUUUGCAAGAGCAAGAUUUAACGAGCGUAUUGGAGGCCAGCACGUAUCCCGUCACGAUUUGCCACAGUCCAGACGAUGACAUUAUUCCAAUUAGCAACCUUCCAGAUUUCGCGGCAAACUCUCUGCUCGGUUUUAGUGAGUCGUCCGGCGCCCAUUCAUCCGCUGCUAUCCCGUGCUUUUUGAAUAGCGUCGUAUUUUGGGCCAACAAUGAAAACUUUGAUGAUUCAAGCCUUAUCGACACCACUAGCAAUUCUUGCAACUCGGAGAAUCUGAGGACUCCAGCACCAAUUUCUCCUACGAAUCCGACUGUCUCAACAUCAGUGAUAGCUACUACAGAAUCUCCGACCAUUGCUCCCGUGUUUGUAUUAUCUUUCCCAACGACGUCGGCUUCCCCUACGAUCGUCGCGACUGAGUUCAGUCAAUUCAGUCUACUUUUCGUCCUCAUUUUAAUCUAUGUUCAAUAG